AUGAUUGGAAAGAUCAUCUUCAUGGGAUGGUCUUGUGGACCUGAAGUUCUAGAAAGGAAAGAAAGUUUUGGUAUUAUUUUUGACAGAAAGAGUUAUCUCUUCAAUUUUGCAACUGCUGCUACAAAAAAGAUAUCUGAAUCGGUUGCCGAAACUGCACAAACUAUAAAGAAGUCUGUAGAAGAAGGCAAAAUUGAUACUAUCAUUGAUAAGACAAUUAUUGGAGACUUUCAGAAGGAACAAGAUAAAUUUGUUCAAGAAAAGCACACAAAAAAGUCAGAAGCAGCAGUGCCUCCUUGGGUAGAUAGCAAUGAAGAAGAAACCAUUCAACAACAAAUCUUGGCCUUAUCAGCAGACAAGAGAAAUUUUCUGCGUGACCCCCCAGCAGGUGUUCAGUUUAACUUUGACUUUGACCAGAUGUAUCCUGUCGCUAUGGUAAUGUUACAGGAAGAUGUCCUUCUGAACAGGAUGAGAUUUGAUCUCGUCCCUAAACAUGUAAAAGAGGAGGUGUUUUGGAGAAAUUAUUUCUACCGGGUCUCCCUAAUUAAACAGUCGGCACAGCUCACUGCUUUGGCUGCUCAACAACAAGUUGUAGGAAAGGAGGAGAACACGAGCAGGAAAGAGGAUAUUCAGCUGACAGAAACAGUACGGCCUAAAACACCACCUGUUGCAAUCAAAUCUCAGCUAAAACCUCAAGAGGAUGAAGAAGAGAUUUCCACUAGUCCAGGUGUAUCAGAAUUUGUUAGUGAUGCUUUUGAUGCAUGUAACCUGAACCAGGAAGACCUAAGGAAGGAAAUGGAACAAUUAGUGCUUGACAAAAAGGAAAAGGAGACUUCCAAAGUAGAAGAAGAAGUUGCUGAUUGGGAAAAGGAAUUACAGCAAGAACUUCAAGAGUAUGAAGUGGUGACAGAAUCAGAAAAACGGGAUGAUAACUGGGACAAAGAAAUAGAGGAAAUGCUGCAAGAAGAAAAUUAACCAUUUUCCACUACGCCCUAUAAACAUUUUCUGAAAACUGACAUGAGUUUCUGCUUUCAUACUCACUUCAAAAAUAUCUUCAAGAGACACAAACUUAAAAUAAUUUCAUAUAGGGAUACAGCUAGUAUUGCUCUUCUUUGUAUGAGCAAUUUAUGAACAUGAUCACUCUUCUUAAAAUAUGACUGCAGACGAUACAUAAUAAUCAAAAGUGAUAACAUUGUCAUAUGAAAUUACUGGUAUUUUAAUAUGUUUUAGUUUCAGUUUUUCGUUAGAGAGCCGAGAAAUGUUAAGAUAUUUGUAAAUCUAGUUUACAGUCUUCUGUGCUAAGGUAAAAGUGGAAGUAAUUAUUUCAUCAUGUUUGCUUUUUAAUUUCUGUAUAUUUAUCGGUGUACCAUUUAUUAAGUUACUUGUAACUAUUUGCUUUCCUUUUAUACUUUACUUCUUAAGACCAUAUGGCACCAAAGAAUUCAUGGGAAAUAUUAUGAGAAUAACUUCUUGAUACUAGUUUGUUUUUUAAAAAUAUAUAUUUACUAAUCCAGACUCCAAAAGAAGCAUUGAUUUGUACUAAUAGAGUAUACAUGACUUAAUAUUAAAUGGUUAAAUAUGAAGAUAGUUCUUACUUUCCUUUGAUCCAUGUGGUUUCAUGUAAGGUAUCUCCUUUCCCCACAUGCAGAAAUGGUUUAAUGGUGCAUUUAAGUCUUUUGUCUUCAAUAGAUAACUAAAUUUCAUGUCACUGACAGAAUUGCAAAGAAUUUAAGAGGAAGAAGUUGAUUCUGUUCUCUGGAUGAGAGCAAAUUAAAUAAUGUAUACUUAUUCACUUUAUUUUAAGUGCUGAACUUAGAGGACAUGUGUUGUCUUGGUUUAAGCAUCUUUAUUAAAUAUUGUAGAUAUUUAUUAACAUUUACUGUUUUAUGGCUUGAGUAUUGGAAUAUGAUUGACCAUGGUUCUAUAGCUCAAACCUUUUACAGGUUUCAAAAAUAUACUUUUCUUUCAGGGGGUCCUAAUCAUUAAAUGCAAUCAAAAA